AACCCAGGCACAGUGAUGUGAAAGUGGCAACGUGAGGUGAGCCCGGAGGAGAUGAUUGGACUUAAAACAAGACAGAACCUAUGAGGGAAUUAUUUUAGAUAAAUAUUUAAAACACCAAAAAAAAUCUAAAAGAUGAGGUUUUAGUUUUAUUUAUGUUUGAAAAGGGGAAAAAAGAGAAAAAAUAUGGUUGGUUUCUUCAUCACCCAGAUCUGAAUACUCUCCUCUGAUUUUGGAUUGUGGAUUGUGACAGCAUCAGGACUCAGGACCCUAACAGAUUUUCCAGGGAUUCACGGGAGAAUUUUGCAUUUCUUUUUUUUAUUUUUAUUUUAUUUAAUUUUUUUUCCGGGUAGUACUCCUCAACCCAGAGCCAAGACGUUGUUCCGCGUAGAGCCGGCUUGCCUCAGUCCGAGCAGCGCGGUCUGUGCAGCGGAGAGGUCGGCACUCGGCGCCUCACGGACCGGCAUCAUGAUGGUCCUCUGCGCCGGCUGCGAGCGGCCCAUCCUGGACCGGUUCCUCCUCAACGUGCUGGACAGAGCCUGGCACGCCAAAUGCGUCCAAUGUUGCGAAUGCAACUGCAACCUCACCGAGAAGUGCUUCUCCCGGGACGGAAAGCUCUAUUGCAAAAUGGACUUUUUCAGGCGCUUCGGAACAAAAUGCGCCGGCUGCCUGCAGGGAAUCUCUCCGAGCGACCUGGUGCGCAAAGCCCGCAGCAAGGUGUUCCAUCUGAACUGUUUCACCUGCAUGGUGUGUAACAAGCAGCUGUCCACGGGAGAGGAGCUCUACGUGAUAGACGAAAACAAGUUCGUGUGCAAAGAAGAUUAUCUGAGCUCCGGGGCCAUUAAGGAAGUCAACCUGAACUCAGUCUCGUCGUGCACAGAUAGGAGUUUAUCACCGGAUCUCCAGGACCCGAUACAGGACGACAUAAAGGAGACGGACAAUUCCACGUCCUCAGAUAAGGAAACGAACAAUAUUGAGAACGAGGAGCAGAACUCGGGGGCCAAACGGCGGGGGCCCCGGACCACCAUCAAGGCCAAGCAGCUGGAGACGUUAAAGGCGGCGUUCGUGGCGACGCCGAAGCCGACGCGGCACAUCCGGGAGCAGCUGGCGCAGGAGACGGGGCUGAACAUGCGAGUCAUCCAGGUUUGGUUCCAGAACAGAAGAUCCAAAGAGCGGCGAAUGAAGCAGCUGAGCGCUCUGGGGGCCCGACGCCACGCCUUCUUCAGGGGCCCCAGGAGGAUGAGACCUCUAGGAGGCAGACUGGAGGAUCCAGACAUUUUAGGACCGGGGCCUUAUGGUUACUAUGGAGAAUACCAAGGCGACUAUUACGGACCAGGGAGUAACUACGACUUCUUUCCCCAUGGCCCCCCCUCCUCACAGGCUCAGUCUCCGGCUGAGUCCCCCUACAUCCUGACUUCUGGGCCAGGAGCCAUAGAGGGAUCGGGCCACCACCCAUCAGAUGACCAAAGGUACACGGACAUGAUUUCUCAUGCGGAAACCCCAAGCCCAGAACCGGGCCUACCGAGCUCCCUUCAACCGGUCCCGGGGGACGCAUACGGGGGUGGACCCAGCCCCCCUUUCUCCUUGGCCAGUAACUCCAGCUACAGUGCUCCGAUGUCCCACCAGGGCCAGGAGAUGGGGGAAACAGCCGCCUGGUGAAAGGACAAAAACAAAAACCAGGGACCAACCAUGGGCUGAAUCUCUGCCCAGCUAAUUCAGGAGACGUUCCAACGUCAGAAGGGGAAAGUACUGCUGAUAUUUCUAAGGUGAACCUUCUAAAAACUAUAGGCUAAUCUUAACGACCUAAGAACUAAUGGAAAGAAUGAAAUAACAAGCAGGAGAAAGAAAUUUCGCUGCAUGGUAGACACUACAAAGCAUUUCCUUCGUUGGGCACUGGACUGAAUAAGAGAUUCCAUCCAGCAGAAAUGCUUCUCGCCUUCCCCUUAUCUUCUAAUGCUCUAGGAACACAUUAGUAAGAAACACCAAAGGGGACAUGUCUAGUUUUCCUAAUUUCACACUGCAUUUAAAAAAAAAAACAUUGCUCAAAAGCAAUUUCAAUUCUCACUUUAUCUCCAUGUUGCCACUGAUUUUAGACCUCAGCAUUCAUACAAAAAUGCAUCCGUUGCCAUCGAAGCAAUGUAUGUUCAAAUCCAUUUUCAACAUUUAUAUUAUUUUUAUUCCCUUGUAAGACAAUACAUCAAAUCAACGGCUGCUGCUUGACAGACACGCACUGACUUUCCCCUCACACAUCCUGGCUUAGAGUCCCUUAAUGCAGAAAAAGUGUUCUUGAUCAUAGCUUGAAAGAAGGAUGUCUAUACUAUUAUUCAAAACACGAACACAAUUAUAGACACUUGUGCUCUCCUACACACAGACACACACACACUGCACACCCAUCGAGGCGGCCCUGAUAGUUCUGCUCCGCUCACUGCUUCACCUGACCUUCCUUUUGUUACUGUCCCUUUUAAAAAAACAUGUUUUAAUGGAAAUGAUUUUCAAAAGAACAUUGAACCCAUAAUGGAGAAUGUCCUUCAGCAGCUGAGGUCUCCUUCCUCUAAAGGCAGAAAACAAAAGAGGGGACAGACAACAUCUGUGACAUUUCAGCUGUUUCCUUCGAGGUGCGGGUUGCCAUCUAGUGGCCGCUUUUUCAAAGCACACAGGGUCUUCAGUUCCAUCUGAUCUGAUUUGGGAGCUUUAAUAUUUAUUUUUUUUCCGUUUCCUAUCCUGUAAUGGUUCAGACAUGUCAAUCUGGGGCUACUGUAUUUUCUUUUUAAAGACAAAUUCUACUAAAUCCCCAAUUUCAGUUCAGCCUUUCCUCCCUCAGCGCCGCCUCAGACACACAGGACGUCUCACACACUGAAUUAGCUGUACUAUUGUUUUCAGAUCAUUUGUGUUUUCCCUUGGACAUUGUAUAAGAUCUAGAAAGAUUGUGUCUUAUCUCCAGAAAUGCUCGGAUACAAACCAGUGAGUUAGUGUGCAUGUGGUGGAUGCUUGAGUGAGUGUGUGUUGGUUUAAAGGGGGGAG